AUGACGAAGGCGCGUGGAAAGCCUCACAGCAAGUGUGAUGGCUCUCGACCCCAGCUGCCCUUCCGAGUGCCCGCGACGCGCUCUUGGAGUUCAGCCCGGGGAUCCCCGGCCACUUUUGGGCCAGUCUUUGAAGAUCAGCCCCUCGGUCUGCUAUUCCCAGAGGAAUCCACUGAGGAGAAGGUGACGCUGGCGUGCCGUGCCCGGGCCAGCCCUCCAGCCACCUAUAGGUGGAAGAUGAACGGUACUGAGAUGAAGUUGGUGCCAGGUUCCCGCCACCAGCUGGUAGGGGGCAACCUGGUCAUCAUGAACCCCACCAAGGCACAGGACGCCGGCGUCUACCAGUGCCUGGCCUCCAACCCAGUGGGCACCAUCGUCAGCAGGGAGGCUGUGCUCCGCUUCGGCUUUCUGCAGGAGUUCUCCAAGGAGGAGAGAGACCCAGUGAAAACCCACGAAGGCUGGGGGGUGAUGUUGCCCUGUAACCCACCUGCCCACUACCCAGGCCUGUCCUACCGCUGGCUCCUCAACGAGUUCCCCAACUUCAUCCCGACGGACGGGCGUCACUUCGUGUCCCAGACCACGGGGAACCUGUACAUUGCCCGGACCAACGCCUCAGACCUGGGCAACUACUCCUGCCUGGCCACCAGCCACAUGGACUUCUCCACCAAGAGCGUCUUCAGCAAGUUCGCUCAACUCAACCUGGCUGCUGAAGACACCAGGCUCUUUGCACCCAGCAUCAAGGCCCGGUUCCCGGCAGAGACCUACGCGCUGGUAGGACAGCAGGUCACCCUGGAGUGCUUCGCCUUUGGGAACCCUGUCCCUCAGAUCAAGUGGCGUAAAGUGGACGGCUCCUUGUCCCCCCAGUGGGCCACAGCCGAGCCCACCCUGCAGAUACCGAGCGUCGCCUUUGAGGAUGAGGGCACCUAUGAGUGUGAGGCAGAGAACUCCAAGGGCCGCGACACCGUCCAGGGCCGCAUCAUCGUGCAGGCACUGGCCCCCGACUUCAGGCUGAACCCCGUAAAGCGUCUGAUCCCUGCGGCCCGCGGGGGGGAGAUCGUUAUCCCCUGCCAGCCCCGGGCGGCCCCGAAGGCUGUGGUGCUCUGGAGCAAAGGCACCGAGAUUCUGGUCAACAGCAGCAGAGUGACCGUAACUCCGGAUGGCACCUUGAUCAUAAGAAACAUCAGUCGGUCAGAUGAAGGCAAAUACACCUGCUUUGCUGAGAAUUUCAUGGGCAAAGCCAACAGCACGGGCAUUCUGUCUGUGCGAGAUGCAACCAAGAUCACUUUGGCCCCCUCGAGUGCUGAUGUCAACUUGGGGGACAGCCUGACCCUGCAGUGCCACGCCUCCCACGACCCCACCAUGGACCUCACCUUCAUCUGGACCCUGGAUGACUUCCCCAUCGACGUGGAUAAGCCUGGGGGUCACUACCGGAGGGCCAGUGUGAUUCGGAAGAACCGCCCUCCCUUAGACGGGCAGUUCCCGGCAUUCCACUCGAAGGCCGUGCAUUUAGGAGAGGCCCCCUCAGUGGCACCCUCAGGACUCAGCGGAGGGGGUGGAGCCCCCGGAGAGCUCAUCGUCAACUGGACGCCCAUGUCGCGGGAGUACCAGAACGGAGACGGCUUCGGCUACCUGCUGUCCUUCCGCAGGCAGGGCAGCACCAGCUGGCAGACCGCCCGGGUGCCUGGCGCCGACGCCCGGCACUUCGUCUACAGCAAUGACAGCGUCCAGCCCUACACGCCCUUCGAGGUCAAGAUCCGCAGCUACAACCGCCGCGGGGAUGGGCCCGAGAGCCUCACCACGCUGGUGCACUCUGCUGAGGAAGAGCCCAGGGUGGCCCCUACUAAGGUCUGGGCCAAGGGGGUCUCAUCCUCAGAGAUGAACGUGACCUGGGAACCCGUGCAGCAAGACACGAAUGGCAUCCUCCUGGGGUACGAGAUCCGCUACUGGAAAGCCGGGGACAAGGAAGCAGCCGCUGACCGAGUGAGGACAGCAGGGCUGGACACCAGUGCCCGAGUCACCGGCCUGCACCCCAACACCAAGUACCAUGUGACCGUGCGGGCCUACAACAGGGCAGGCACCGGGCCCGCCAGCCCUUCUGCCAACGCCACCACCAUGAAGCCCCCUCCACAGCGGCCUCCUGGCAACAUCUCCUGGACUUUCUCAAGCUCGAGUCUUAGUAUCAAGUGGGACCCUGUGGUUCCUCUCCGAAAUGAGUCUGCGGUCACUGGCUAUAAGAUGCUCUACCAGAAUGACUUACACCCAACUCCCACGCUUCACCUCACCAGCAAGAACUGGAUAGAAAUCGCAGUUCCUGAAGACAUCGGCCAUGCCCUAGUACAGAUUCGGACCACGGGACCUGGAGGGGACGGGAUCCCGGCCGAAGUCCACAUCGUGAGGAAUGGAGGCACAAGCAUGAUGGUGGAGAACUCCGCAAUCCGCCCGGCCCCGCGUCCCGGUGCCAUCCUCUCCCUGUCCGUGGCAAUGCUGGUCCUCAUAGGCUACCUGGAGCUCUGA